AUGCCACUGAAACAUUAUCUCCUUUUGCUGGUGGGCUGCCAGGCCUGGGCUGCGGGCUUGGCCUUCUAUGGUUGCCCGAGCGAGUGCACCUGCUCCAGGGCCUCCCAGGUGGAGUGCACGGGGGCGCGCAUCGUGGUGGUUCCCACCCCGCUGCCCUGGAACGCCAUGAGCCUGCAGAUCCUCAACACACACAUCACUGAACUCAAUGAGUCCCCCUUCCUCAACAUCUCAGCCCUGAUCGCGCUGCGGAUUGAGAAGAACGAGCUGGCCCACAUUGCUCCCGGUGCCUUCCGUAGCCUCGGCUCACUGCGCUACCUCAGCCUUGCCAACAACAAGCUCCAGAUCCUGCCUGUUGGCCUCUUCCAGGGCCUGGAUAACCUCGAGUCGCUCCUGCUGUCCAGCAACCAGUUGGUGCAGAUCCAGCCGGCCCACUUCACCCACUUCAGCAACCUCAAGGAGCUGCAGCUUCACGGCAACCACUUGGAGUACAUCCCUGAUGGGGUCUUCGACCACCUGGUGGGCCUCACCAAGCUCAAUCUGGGCAAGAACAGCCUCACUCACCUCUCACCCCGGGUCUUCCAGCACCUGCGCAACCUCCAGGUCCUCCGGCUGUAUGAGAAUAGGCUCUCAGACAUCCCCAUGGGCUGUUUUGAUGGGCUCAGCAACCUCCAAGAGCUGGCCCUGCAGCAGAACCAGAUUGGAGUGCUGUCCCCUGGCCUCUUCCACAACAACCGUAACCUCCAGAAGCUCUACCUGUCCAACAACCACAUCUCCCAGCUGCCCCCCGGCAUCUUCCUGCAGCUGCCCCAGCUCAACCGGCUCACACUCUUUGGGAAUUCCCUGAAGGAGCUCUCUCCCGGCAUCUUUGGACCCAUGCACAACCUGCGGGAGCUGUGGCUCUACGACAACCACAUCACCUCCCUCCCCGAUAAUGUCUUCAGCAGCCUCCGCCAGCUGCAGGUCCUGAUCCUCAGCCGCAACCAGAUCAGCUACAUUUCCCCGGAUGCCUUCAAUGGGCUGGUGGAGCUGCGGGAGCUGUCCCUCCACACCAAUGCCCUGCAGGAGCUGGAUGGAAGCAUCUUCCGCAUGUUGGCCAACCUGCAGAACAUCUCCCUGCAGAACAACCGUCUUCGGCAGCUCCCUGGAAACCUCUUCGCCAACGUCAAUGACCUGUUGACCAUCCAGCUGCAGAACAACCAGCUGGAGAACCUGCCCUUGGGCAUCUUUGAUCACCUGGGGAAGCUAUGUGAGCUGCGGCUCUAUGACAACCCCUGGAGGUGUGACUCAGACAUCCUUCCACUCCACAACUGGCUCCUGCUCAACAAGGCCAGGCUAGGGACAGACAGCCUCCCUGUGUGUUUCAGCCCAGCCAGUGUCCGUGGCCAGUCCCUCAUCAUCAUCAAUGUCAAUGUUGUUGUCCCCAGUGUGCAGGGCCCAGUGGUGCCCAGCUCCCCAGAGAUGCCGACAUACCCGGACACGUCCAGCUACCCUGACACAUCCAGCUACCCUGACACCACCUCCAUCUCCUCCGCCACUGACUUCACCAGCCCCUCAGGGGACUACACUGAUCUGACCACCAUCAACAUCACCAAGAGUGAUGACGAGCGGGGCAUGACCCCGGCCCAGAGCGGGCUGGCCAUUGCUGCCAUUGUCAUCGGCAUCAUUGCCCUGGCCUGUUCCCUGGCUGCCUGCAUCUGCUGUUGCUGCUGCAAGAAGAGGAGCCACGCGGUCCUGAUGCAGAUGAAGGCACCCAAUGAGUGUUAG